AGUAACAGUAGGUACAACUCUAUAUUACAUGUCAAUGAUUAUAGUAACAGAAGCUAUCACUCUAAAUUACAUGUCAAUGAUUAUAGUAACAGUAGGUACAACUCUAUAUUACAUGUCAAUGAUUAUAGUAACAGUAGCUACCACUCUAUAUUACAUGUCAAUGAUUAUAGUAACAGUAGGUACAACUCUAUAUUACAUGUCAAUGAUUAUAGUAACAGUAGCUACAACUCUAUAUUACAUGUCAAUGAUUAUAGUAACAGUAGCUACAACUCUAUAUUACAUGUCAAUGAUUAUAGUAACAGUAGCUAUCACUCUAUAUUACAUGUCAAUGAUUAUAGUAACAGUAGCUACAACUCUAUAUUACAUGUCAAUGAUUAUAGUAACAGUAGGUACAACUCUAUAUUACAUGUCAAUGAUUAUAGUAACAGUAGGUACAACUCUAUAUUACAUGUCAAUGAUUAUAGUAACAGUAGCUAUCACUCUAUAUUACAAGUCAAUGAUUAUAGUAACAGUAGGUACAACUCUAUAUUACAUGUCAAUGAUUAUAGUAACAGUAGGUACAACUCUAUAUUACAUGUCAAUGAUUAUAGUAACAGUAGGUACAACUCCAUAUUACAUGUCAUUGAUUAUAGUAACAGUAGCUACCACUCUAUAUUACAUGUCAAUGAUUAUAGUAACAGUAGCUACAACUCUAUAUUACAUGUCAAUGAUUAUAGUAACAGUAGCUGCUACUCUAUAUUACAAUUAAUAUAUUAA